UUUCGCCCGCGAGUCAGUACGAAAGUGACCAUGAGCAAGUUUGAUCGGGUUGAAUUGGACUACCACAAAUUAGAACACAAUAUCGGCAUUGUUAAACAGCGGCUGGCACGUCCACUCACUCUUGCAGAGAAAAUUCUCUAUUCGCACCUUGAUGAUCCCCAAAAUGCAGAAAUAAAACGCGGUGCCAGUUACCUUCUACUUCGGCCGGAUCGAGUUGCCAUGCAAGAUGCCACUGCUCAAAUGGCGAUUUUGCAAUUCGUCAGUAGUGGACUUCCACGAGUGGCUGUUCCAACUACUGUCCACUGUGAUCACCUGAUCGAGGCUCGAGAUGGAGCCAGUUCUGACUUGGACAGAGCCAAUGUAUCGAACAAGGAAGUUUACGAUUUUCUGCAGUCAGCGUCCGCAAAAUAUGGUAUUGGUUUUUGGAAGCCUGGUUCAGGCAUUAUUCAUCAGAUCGUCUUAGAAAACUAUGCCUUCCCCGGUGCCCUGAUCAUCGGUACAGACAGUCACACUCCAAAUGGAGGGGGUCUUGGUGGUCUUUGUGUUGGUGUUGGCGGAGCGGAUGCCGUAGACGUGAUGGCCAAUCUCCCCUGGGAACUGAAGGCCCCAAAUGUAAUCGGCGUCCAUCUAACAGGCACAUUGUCUGGCUGGACCAGUGCGAAGGAUAUCAUCCUGAAAGUUGCAGAGAUUCUCACUGUCAAAGGUGGCACAGGAAGCAUUGUGGAGUAUUUCGGACCGGGUGUUGAAUCCAUCUCCUGCACUGGAAUGGCUACCAUUUGCAACAUGGGUGCGGAAAUCGGUGCGACCACCUCGGUGUUUCCUUUCAACGAUCGGAUGGUCGACUUCCUGCGGGCAACCAAUCGCGCGGGGAUUGCUGAACUGGCCAGAGAGCACAAGGACACGCUACUGACUGCUGAUUCAAACUGCAAAUAUGAUCGUGUAAUCGAAAUUAACCUGGACAAAUUGGAGCCGCACGUGAACGGGCCAUUCACUCCCGAUUUGGCGCAUCCCAUUUCGAAGCUGGGAGAAACUGCCAAGAAAAACGGUUGGCCACUGUCUAUCGCUGCCGGCCUUAUUGGAUCCUGCACCAACUCCUCAUACGAGGACAUGUCUCGCGCUGCCAGUUUGGCCAAGCAAGCUUUGGCACACGGAAUCAAGGUUCGCUCUAACUUUUUCGUCACCCCCGGUAGUGAACAAAUCCGGGCAACCAUUGAACGAGAUGGCCUUACGGACAUAUUCCAAAAGGUCGGUGGGGUUGUCUUAGCCAACGCAUGUGGACCAUGCAUUGGACAGUGGUCCCGAUCAGAUUUCAAGAAGGGUGAGAAGAAUACUAUCGUGUCUUCGUACAAUCGGAACUUCACCGGACGUAACGAUGCCAAUCCUGCUACGCAUGCUUUUGUAACCUCACCGGAAAUAGUAACCGCGUUGGCUUUCGGCGGUGACCUAUCGUUCAACCCUUUAACUGACGAACUGACUGCAGCCGAUGGGAGCAAGUUCAAACUACAGCCACCCACAGGUGACACGUUACCCAACCGAGGAUUCGAUCCUGGUGAAGACACUUACCAGCCUCCACCGACUGAUAGUUCAGGCAUAACAGUCAAGGUCGAUCCAAACAGUCAGCGUUUACAACUCCUUGCGCCGUUUAAUAAGUGGGAUGGGCGGGAUUUGGAGAAAAUGACGGUACUUAUCAAGAUUAAGGGCAAGUGCACCACUGACCACAUUUCCGCCGCCGGACCAUGGCUAAAAUACCGGGGGCAUUUGGACAACAUCUCGAAUAACAUGUUCAUUGGUCUUCGGGCCCUCUCAUUUGAUUCCUCGACGCUCUGUUUCUUCCCACACAGUGCGGUGAAUGCAGAGAACAACGAAAUGAAUAAAGUGAUGCAUCGUCCUUCAGGCACCUGGGAUGCUGUGCCUGCAGUGGCCAGGCGCUACAAAUCCGAAGGUGUUGCGUGGUGUGUGAUUGGAGAUGAAAACUACGGUGAAGGAAGCAGUCGUGAACAUGCCGCUUUGGAGCCACGAUUUUUGGGUGGGCGAGCCAUAAUUGUCAAGAGUUUUGCCCGUAUUCAUGACUUGUUUUUGUUGUUGUUUCUCCCAGAAACAAACCUGAAAAAGCAGGGCAUGUUGCCUCUGACUUUCGUCAAUGCUGCUGACUAUGACAAAAUUCAACCUUCGGACAAAAUCUCACUUGUGGAUCUGGCUAAUCUCAAACCUGGACAG